AAAAGUUAUAUGUUGGGCUCUCAUAUUUAUUAUACGAAUUCGUUUUCCGCCUGGCAAAUCUCUGGCAACGAUAUUGUUUUUAGUGAUUGUGUGACGUCAUUUUUGAGUGCUAGUUCUCAGAAAGGGGAAGUCCCAUACCAGGAAGUGAGGCGUUUCGAAAUUUUGUCAUCGAGUUAUUGACUAUCGAGGUGAAAAGCAUGUUGUUAUAGUAAAGAUAGAGGUCCAAGAAUUAAAUACAGAUGCUUAAGUUUGAAAGCGGGACUGAAUGAUGAUAUUGCAGAGCUUGCAGCCGUGUAAUUAAUGGUAAGAUUUGUAACUUUUUGUACGGUAUGUAAUUAUUCUCUGGCAAAUGUAUUACACAGACGCCAUUUUUGCUUGAAGUUCGAAAGUCGAUUAUCUUAACCCUAGGUUAACCUAAACUCAAAGCAAGUUUCCAAACAGCUUGAUUAUAAAUUUGGAAAUAUUUCUACCGAAAUCGUGCCUGUGUUAUAAAUUUGGAAAUAUUUCUACGGAAAUCUUGUCUAGGUGAUACGUGCAGAAAUGAGAAAUGCAUAAACUCGAACAGCAGGUUAAAUUUUAACCAAAGGUUUAUAGCGCUAAUCUAGCUUUGAAUUAGCUUUGACCAACCUUUAGAUAGAUAGAUAGAUAGUUUAUUAAGUUUAAAAUUUUACAGCUCCCAAUACAACCACAGCUGAAUUAUACAUAAACUUUACAAUCAUGACUAAUUAAAUAUAUCUAUUUUAAAAAUUUGAUUAAAACUAUGAAAAAUGUAUCUGUCCUAAAUUAGUUUGUUUUAAUUUAUUAUUGCGCAACACUACAAUUGGGUUUAUAUGUAUUGUUCCUUUACAUUUGCCAUAAUAAAACUGUUUUGGAAUCUGUUCGUUUUACACACUGGAUAGUUAAACAUGUUCUUACGUCUCAAAUUCAUACUAGAUCUAUUUUUCUCUGGUAACAGUGCAUGCAGUUUAUGAGAUGUAUUUUGAACAAUAUCGUUGAACAGUUUUUUCGUUAGAGUAUCUCUUCUGCUGUACAAGGAGUCCAAACCAGCUUGCUCUAACGCAUCACAAUAUGGUAUAUGUGGGAAAAUGAUACCGAGUGCUCGUUUUUGUAGUUUUUCCAAGUCAUCAGAUAGAUAUUUAGUGAGAGAAUUAUGGAAAACGUGACAGGCAUAUUCUGUUACUGGACGCACGCAAGUUAAGUAGAAUAGCAGCAUCUCUUUCGUUGCAAGGCCAGCUCGUUUAAGUUGUUUAAGAAAGUACAGUCUAGUUGACACUUUUCGUACGAUCUCAGAAAUGUGCGUAUUCCACUUAAGAUCAUUUGAGAUGUUAAGACCUAAUAGCUUUACCGAUGUAACUACUUCAAUGUCUUUGUCAUUAAUGCGAAUAGGGGCAAAAUCGGGCUUAAACUUCGCGAAAGAUAUGCGUAACUCUUUGCACUUCGUUUCAUUUAACUGAAAUUUGUUAGCUAAGGACUGGGUCGACAGAUCUUCGACGUACUCUUGCAUGGCACUUGCAUCAUUCUUCAACACAGUUUCUGCAACCGUUGUAUCGUCAACAUACUUCCACUGGUCAACAUCUGCUACACCAACAGUGUUUAUCAUAAUCAGAUAAAGCCAUGGACCAAGUUUAGUUCCUUGGGGAACAUCGGCUGGAACAGUUUCCCAUUCUGAGUAGCAAUCGUUGCUCAGUUUCACCCUUUGUUUACGAUCCGUCAGGAAAUCGAGUAUCCAGCACACAAUGCACGGCGGAAGGUCAUAGUUGGAGAGCUUUCGUUUAAGGAUGUUAUGGUCGAUCAAGUCAAAGGCUUUUUUAAAAUCGAAUAAGACCACUCUAACAGAUGAUCCAGACCCAUCCGUAGCUUUAUUCCAACAGUGAAGCAUACUAAUUAGCGCUUGUAUUGUCGAUGAUUUUGGAACAGUUCCAAACUGCUCAUUCCCAAUCUUCUUUAGGACAGCUGGUUUGACAAAAUCGCGAACUACAAAACCCUCGCCAAUCUUAGAAAGGAUAGAUGUUAAGGAGAUUGGACGAAGGUGCUUGUUGACAUCAGAUAUUGGCUUCUUUUUGGGAAUCGGUACAAUAUCUGCUUUUUUCCAGGAUUUUGGUAACCGGCCAGUACUAUACGAGUGGUUUAAUAUAUCUUUCACCGAAUCUGCUAGUAGGUCGGCGUUUUCUUUCAGCAACCAAGUUGGAAUGCCAUCUGGGCCGUGAGCUUUAGUUGGAAUCAACGAUGAAAGUUCCUUGUACACAUCUUCAGCGGUAACUACAAGGGCGGGGUAAUUCAGGGGUAAUUCAUCAUUGGCAUCAUGUAGUAACGGCUGGAAGGUAUUCAUUGGAGUAAGAAAGGUUGAGUUGAUCAUGUUAGCUAUAUCGGUGCUACUAGCGUUUAAUUCUAAGUGUUGCAACAGAUUUACUAAAUCGUCACGCGUUCCAGCUGUUGGUGUCAUUCCACUUAGUUUUUUUACCUCUUUCCACCAAAGCGAGGGUUUGCUUUCUUUUAGAUGUUGGACUUUGGCGUGAUAGUACUUUGAUCGGCAUGUCUUCCGUUCUCGAUUAACACGAUUCCUUAAGCGUCGGAACUCAUCAUGAUUUCCUUGGGCAAGAGCUAUUUGGCGACUUCUUAUGAGGCGUUUGAGGGUAGAAUUCAUCCAUGGAGGUUCACUCAGAUGUAUUGUUUUGGAUCGAAGAGGGAUAAUGUGAUCUAGUCCAGUCUUGACUAUCUCCUCAAAUAAGGAAACCUUUUCCUCACAAGUAGACACGCUGUUAAGCAUAGACGCGACAUCAACGAGCUCGAGGUAUGAUCGAACGGCUAGACGGUUGCUGGCACGCAUGUCUCUCGAUUUCACUUUUUGUUUCGAUGGUGGGAAAUGAGAUCUUGCUUGGGGUUGGACUUCGACGGAUACAUGAUCUGAGAGGCCAAAGGGGGCUCGUUUGAUCGGAUCUUUAAACAUUUCUUUGAGGUUAGUCAGUACUAAGUCUAGGGUGUUAGAACCUCUAGUCGGAAAUUUGACAAUUUGUUUUAAAUUGUAGCUCCUAUUUAAACUUGCAAUGUUUAGUUGAUUGAAAUCGCCAAGAAGGAUAAUUCCACUGUUAGGGUACCGCGAUUCGAUGGUUGACAAACAAUUUGUAAGAUAUUCUAGCAUAGCAAAAUUACUGGAGCUCGGUGGAUGGUAAACAAUUCCCAAGACUAUGUUAUUUACGCCCCUCGGGAGUCUUGUCGGACGAAGUUUAAUCCACAAAACCUCGAGUGGAGAUUCGGAUAAGUCCUCGAGUACAAUAAAUGGAAUCAAGUCUUUGAUGAAAACACAGACUCCACCGUGCGAACCUUCCUGUCGAUCUUUUCUUAUUAGAUUGAACCCGUUUAUUGACACCACAGAGUCUUGGAUGUGGCAAUGAAGCCAGGUCUCAGUCAAACAAAUUAAGUCUAAGUUUGCAUAAUGGGCAUAAUGGCGAACUUCGUCAAUCUUGGGUGCUAACGACAUUACGUUGGACAAAAGCACAGAUGGAAGGAACACAUUCUCUGAUCUUGUCUGUAAAUUGGCAUUUGUAACAGUACUCGAUAAAGGAAUGUAUGUACAAUUCGUUGGAUUAUGAGUUCUUAAGGAUUUUAUGACUGCACGCUUGAUUUCCCUUCGGCUCGAUUGAACAGUGUUUAUCUUGAAAAGUCUUGUCGCUUCUCUCUCCUUUACCAAUCUUCCCGCUCUCCGGCCACGAUAAAGCGACCAUAUCUUCUUUGUAGAACAAUUACAAUUUAAAAACGAUCGAAUUCUUUGGCAUAGAAUUCCUUUGAAAAUUUAUUUCUGUACUGUACAAGUAGAAUUUACUGAAAAUAUGACCAAAUAACUAUAGCCAUGUGACAUAUUGAUAUACUCUAAGGGACGGACCAUUUGAUUUUUCAUGGGGGGGGGGCGCAAAUCCGAAAAAAAAUAUCGAGCAUGUCUCGAAUGGAAGAAAAAAAAAAUCGAACAUCACUAACACCAGCAAAAAAAAAUAUCGAGCACAAAAAAAUUCUAAAUUAGCAAAACUCUAUAUUGAAAGAAAAAUUCAGUUCCCCUUAGUUUUUUUCUGUUGAGUGUUUCGGUUCUGCCUUGGUAUACAUGCAAAAUACAAACCGAUACAAACCAGUUCUGACAACUUUGACUUCAAUAAUUCAAUUAUCCACAAAUUACCUUAAUGGUAUCCCUAAAAACCCCAAUCUUAACACUGAAAGUCCCACACUUCUGUAAAUUCGACAUCGAUUAAUGAGGGUGGGAAAGGGGAGGGGGUAUGAUUCACGUUUCACAACAAAAAAAUACCGUUUCACAAUUCACGUGCCAUAAAAAAGCAAUUUCACAUUUCACGGAUAACGAGACUCUAAUAAAAAUAAUAUAAUAAUAAUAGCUUUAAGAUUAUGUUUAAUGCAUGGUACAGUACUACGCUUUAAGUUCUCUUCUCUGCCUGGCAGUUAAAAACUACUUACAAGUUUGAGUGAUGAGUACGUCCGACGAUCUCCGAAAGGCCUCCGAAGUUUCUACUCUUGUGCAAUCGAGUGAGAUCGAUCAUAUAAAUUAUUAUCGCGUAUUAUGUCCAUUAUCACUAUUAUAAAUUAGAUCGGAAUAUAAACAAAUCAAAAUCACAGUUCACGAAACAGACAUCCUUAAUUCCCAUUUCACGGAGCAUUUUUUGAUCGACAAUCACGCCUCACGGCUGUAGAACAAAUCACAGAUCAUGACAGCAAAAUCAAGCAUUUCACACGAUCAAAUAUUGACCAUUCACGCAGUGGCGUAGACAAGGGGGGGGGGACUCAGCCCCCCCCCCAAUAGGCUGAUGGACUGCCCUUGUAAAAAGAUGAAAUCCGGGUAGAAAUUAGGGGGGGACGAUGACUACCCAUGUGACUACCAAUCUCAUCUGUUCACCAAAUUGUCUAUAAAAGUUCUAAUCUUUCCUAAAUCUAACUACAGAAAAUAAUGCCUAUGGUGGUUAUUGGUUAAAAUGCGUUUUAAAACUUCGAUUUAACUAUUCACACGCGACCGAGUCAAACUAAGGAUCCACAUUAUUGAGAAAUCAUUAAAAAUCAGGUCUUUCCUGCAGUAAAUAAUCUUCAGAAUUAUGCAAAAUCUCUCCCCAGAAACACGGGAAAUCGCCAUUGAGGGACUCCAGAUUUCAAAAUUUUCCCGGGGGAGAAUGCCCCCGCGACCCCCCUAAAAAGGCUAAGGCCUUUGGCGUUCGAUAUAUGCCCUCCCAAAAAUUAUAGUCUGGCUACGCCACUGCAUUCACAGGUCACAAAAAUACCCUUUCCCACCCGGCUCAUUAAUAUCGCUCUCUGAUUCUGAAUAAAAAUCGCAGUUUAUAAUACGUAUUGGGAACACUGAUACGAUUGGGAACCAUGAGAAUUUGUAUAUAGAUGCCAUUACGCCAAUGCAAAAUGGGUUACACACUUUAAUACACUUGAUCCAAUUUUGAUUGGGACUAUGGUCUACAUUUCGUAAACCAUAGCCCCGUAUAAAAUGGGCCAAGUAUAACAGUGGCCAAGUAUAAAAUGGGCUGUGAUAGUUAUAUCAUAGAAUAGGAAGGUAUACCAGAAGUCUCACUCAAGCAAGUAUUUGUCCGCGUUUUUACAAGCGAUUCGUCCGAUCAUCAAUCACGCCAUCCUGGCACUUUGUACCUAUCAAAACCUGAUAAAAACUUCCGGCUGUACUAGCCAGGAUGGUGUGAGCGAGUUAAAAUUUUCGUGGGUUACACUUCUGCUAUAGUUUCCUAUUUUGUGGUUAUAUGCCCGCUGUAUAUUCAAAUACAUUCUUCAACCGGAAUAUAACUAUACGUGGUUAUUAUGGUAUUAACGCUAUAGUAAAAAUUUUAAAAAAUAUCGUGCACGCGGCAAGAUUCGAUAAAAAAAAUCGUGCGGAGUCGGUGAGGUCCAAAAAAAAAUCGAGCACUCUCAAAAAUGCGCCCCCCCCCCAUGAAAAAUCAAAUGGUCCGUCCCUAAGGUAGUGUAAGCAAGAUCACCUUCUAUCAUUUUUGAUAUAUUUUGGGUUGGAACCUGUGGGGGUUGUAACAUCCCAGAGGGGGCCCUGGAUUUGCGGAACGUGUUAAUUUGCAGGACAAAUCUGUUUCCCUCUCACCGUGAUAUAUAUGGUAGAUACCAUUUCCAGGCCUGUCAGUAUGAGGAUGUGUCUGCAACCUUCUGUGGAAGAACCAACCUGUUAGGAACCCACAAACAUGGGAGAACUAAACAAGCAGUCCAUCCAUGAGUACAUUCAAAUUAGGGUCUGACAUUUGCAGUAUUCCACAGUGGCACCGCCAGCCCGAUAAUUGGUGGGGGUGGGGGUGAAUAUUCAUAUCUUCGUGUUCUGCAUUAUUAACUUCUUCUGAAAUUGAUUGUUUUUAUAGUCUGUGAACACAAAUAUAUGAAUAUUACCCCCCCCCCCAAUAAUCGAGCUGGCGCCACUGGUAUUCCGAUACUUAAAGAUUUGGUUUAAUUUGCCUGGAUACCAAACUCAUGUGAAUGUCUUGUAUCCCGAUACCCUGGUUCCAGAGGCUCUUUGCAAGGUGAAAAAAAGGAGAGGCGAGAAGGAAGAGCCUCUGGUCGCAUCGGUUGCAAAUCCCACUUCCACACUUGAUUAUAGGUUCAGAAUUUGAAUCUCGCAUGUAAUUGGCCAUUUGUAAAAAUAUGUCAAUGAAACCGGUUUGGGAAAUAAACAUUAUUGUAAGCUAAUUAUAGCUACUGUAUAAAUAGCUAUAAAUAGCUAUAUAUAUAUAUAUAUAUAUAUAUAACUAGCUUACAGUAAUGUUUAUUUCCCAAACCAAUUUGCCAUGAUAAUUUUUUUACAACUGGCCGAUCACAUGUGAGAUUCAAAUUCUGAACCUAUAAUCAAGUGUGGAAGUGGGAUUUGCAACCGAAUGUGUCCAGAGGCUCAAGAUUCCUUCUUUCCUCUAAUUUUUUUUUUGCCUUGCAAAGAGCCUCUGGAACCAAGGUAGUAUCCCGACUGGAUAUACUAAGAAAAUUUCAAGUAUUUUGAAAAUAUUGAGCAUACCUGUGUGGUGGUCUCCUGAAAGCGUUUGAAUACUAUCCGCUUGCGACUAGCCUUUCCACAUUCAGGACUAGUGUAUAGAAGUUUAAUUUGUUGAACAACUAGCAGAAUCAUAGGAACUUAUUUGGUAACCAGUGUCGAGAAAUUGGAAAUCAGUGGCACACACUAUGGGGGGGGGGGGAGUUUUUGAAAAACCUAUAAAACUCUGAUACUAAAUAUUACAAUUCACAAGAAUUGUUUAGGAACAAGUGGCAAGCAUGCAAUCGCACCCAUAUAACGUAAUUUAUAAUAUAUUAAAUAAUGACUAUUAAAUAAAAUUUCAGCUAAAGUUAGCAUUAUAUAAUCAAUACAGUCAAUACAAUUAUAUUGAAAGCUAAGAAACUACAGAUAUAGACCCAAUAAUAAAUUUAAAGAAGUUUAAAUUAACUCAUAAAUUCUACAUGUUAAUCCCCGAGCCGACGGCGCGAAGCGCCGUGCGAGGGUACUAUUAUUCCCCCCGGCUAUUUACACCCGGGGAAACGAAAGCAUUAGCGGAGUCUAAAGUUCAUCAAGUAUCGCGGGCGUGGGUGACCAACGGUGUUGAGUGGGUGGUCAUCCUCACUGAUCUCAAAAAUAUGGCGGACUGUCAUGAAUAGCGGACACUGAUUGGUCCAAUUUAAAGUUUGCAUCAUAACGACUGUAUGACGACAGCGAAAUAGCAAACAGUUCUUGAUUUGAUCACAGAUUUGAUGAUUGAUAAAUUUCUUGCAAAUAUACUUCAAUUUUACUCGCAUUUUUGCAAGAUUUUGUAAAUUUCAAGAUAGAAACGGCGAAAGAAUCGGCUAAAAGAAGGGAGCCGACGUUAACGAAGGUAAGUUUGUGUUAAAUAUUGAUUUUAUAAUUGCUUUAAAACCCGACGGCCUUUGGCCCUUUGCGUAUAUGAAAUAACUAAACAAGACAGCAUAUAAUUUCAGUCAAUUCAGUGUAUUAUUAAGGGCCAUUCCAUUUAAUAUCCACACCCCCCCUACGGAUGAGGUCAGUAAAAUUUUAACCCCUAAGAAAAAAAGAUCAAAGUACCGAGUACAAAACACCCCUCAGAAAUUUGUAAAUUUUCCCCUUACCCCUCAGAAAAAUCGCAGAGAUCAAAGGAUGCCGACAUGCUUAACCCCUCAGAAACGGCUUUUUGAGUCACCCUUCAGAAAAACUCAUCCGUGGACAUUAAAUGGAAUGGCCCUAAUACUGAUUCCUUUUUUAUUAUAUUGAAUUUUUUUACUAAAAAGAAAGCAAAGUUAUUUGCAUGCGAGAAUUUGAAAUCAUUUUGUUGCAAACUCAAAGUUUAUCGAUAAAGCCAUUUAAUUAAAGCCAGGCAAUUUAGUUUUAUAAAGAACGUUUUAAAACGUUUUGCGAAGCUUUUGUGGUUGAAUAUUACCUUAAAUUGAAGCUUAUAUUACGUAUAAUAACAUACCUAACAAAUAUAUGUUGGGAAAUUGAUAAUUUUGUAAUUAAAAUUGAUAUUUUUAGGCAAUUUUUCAUUUGUAAGAAUAUUCUUAAAAAAUUAUCGUGUUAUUACCAUGACAACAACUUUGGAUACUUCAUGUUUGGAAAAUACAAUGGUUUUGUCAGCAAGGCGAGGGUUUCUGCAUGCAUGUAUUUUCUAGUACGAGCUAUAAAUCAAUUUUGGAAAGUCAAAAAAUCACUAUAUGAUGGGUAAUGCUACACGUAAGUGUGUUGAAAAUUUAGGCGUGAUAGCUGAAAUUUAAUGAAUUGACUUUGGAUGUGUUUUUUGUCUCGCUCAGUCACAGAGACGAAAAACCCUGCUUCGAUGAAUGUGCAAGUACCAGCAGCCUUUAUAUAUACCAGUAUACAGUACUGUAUGCUCCUAGCUCCUCUUGCUAAUGACGUGAAACCUUAAGAAAACGCAACGUGCCUCAAUGAGCAAACAAUAUAUUGUUGAUGCAACUUAAUGGUGGGUGGAGGAGGGAUGGGUUUAGUCGGGUUGGGGGGGGGUUAACAUUUUUUGUGUUUUGAAGCCUCAGAAGAGCAGUUUCCGUGGUCUCUAAGAGGAAUUUUAUCAAAGUUGUGAAGUUCUUGCAUUUAAACUUUCGAGAUUUUUCCUUUACAAGUCCCCCUCGAUCCGCCCCCCGCCUCCAGUUUCGAAACAACGUUCGCAAGCAUGAACGAAUUGGAUAAGUCGAAUUGUAAAUGCCUGUACAAGUAUGAAUUGAAGCAUAUAUGAAAAGAAAUCAUUACCAGAAAUGAAUGAAAAAAUGUCCACCGCUUGUAUACUAAUUUGCAUACAAUCCAUAUAUAAUAUAAUGGCUUUAAAUUUUUAAUAAGGUAUAUAAAGUGGACAAUGUUGUAAGUUGUUUGAAGUAAAAUUUUACCCAUUUUUAAUCGUUCACGCACUGAUGAUUUGAUUUAGAUCAAUUUAUGCAACAUCGUGGUAGAAUUAGAAAAAGGGGCUAUAGAGGGGCAACGCGCCUCUUUAAUCUUUAUAACGAAAGCGCUCUUUUCUAAUCGCUCCCCGUGUAGUUACAAUGUUGCGAGAGUUGAAACCAUUUUUUCCCAUAUACAUAUUAUGUACUAUUUAAAGCACGCGUAGGAGUGUUUUAUCACAUAUAAAACACGAUGCGUAGCGGAGUGUUUUAUAUGUGAUAAAACACGACUACAAGUGCUUUAAAUGGCUUAAAAAACGACUCAUCUUAUACGAGUUCAUUGGCGAAGUAAUUUUUAAAAUAAACUUUGUCUAAACCGAGAAAAUCAAAGCUAAAGUUUACGUAAAUUAACAUGAUUUUAUAUCACAUAUAAAACCACGACACGCUUAUGAUUUUUCUUUGUGUUUUGCUCCUGAAUUAUUAAUGAGUUUUUUAAAUAUAUAUAUAUAUAUAUAUAUAUAUAUAUAUAUAUACCCUAGAAUUCAGCGCCUUAGUACGAUGGAAGAGGUGUCAGGAUAUGUGGAGAUAUUUGUUCCUGUAUCGCAAGAGUGCAUGGGUAUUGUCAUCGGAACUAGGGGAAGAAAUAUAAAGAAAGUUAAACAAGAAACAGAUACGACGAUUACAUCUUGUAAUGGACAUAACGUGGAGAGCGAAUCUGGUUUUAUAGUCACUGGCACUGUAACUAAUUGUGAAAAAGUACGGGAGGCUAUAAGAUGCCAAUUAGUAAGUAUAGGCUACUUAUUAUUUUCAUCGGUGGAAAUUAGGCAAUCUGAUUAUUUUUCGCAUCUUGAGUAAAUGGAGUAAAACAAUUAUCAAACCUUUAUAAAAAUAUAAAACAAAGUAUAAAACCUGUCCAAAAAGUUUGAAAACGUACCCGAUAGCUAGAUUACGAAAAUGAAUUGUAUCAAGCUCUAAAUAGGUCCUACUAAGCACGUUGUGCAUCAUAUUGACAAUAUUUUGAUAGAAAUGCCACUGAAAGUCAGAAAGUUAUUUGACAUGUCUAAAACGUACGCCGAGAAAGGUAGGCCUAUAUUUUUGUUUUAAGGUGGCUCGAUACAUGCAGUUUUCAAAACUUCAGGUGUAAAAUAGUUUGGCAGUUAAUUUUAAACGUCGCACUUUUGAGUUUUAUGCAGCAUCUAUUUUGAUGUUUCUUCUUUCAAAUUAUUGUAUUUGUGCACUUGACAUCCAUGCGUUAUACAGUAGAACACGCACAAUGGCGCGAGAUAGCAUGAGCAAAUCUCCACGCCAGCUAGAUCGUAGAUGUAAGUUCUUUAAUUAAUUAAAGAAGGUUCAACUGCUGUGAAAACAAGUCAUGAAUAUAUUAUCUACCCAUUUGUGUCAUGCAUUUUUCACUGGUAUAAAUAUUGUAAACAAAGUCAAAGUCUGUGAUUAAAAACAUAUUUUUAAGCUUAUUAUCGUGAAACGAUAAAGAAUUAAGACAAAAAAAUUGAAACAGCUUACCCUCUUCAUUAUCCUUUUAGUAGAAAAUCGUUGAUUAAAUUAAAACAGCUACAUUUAUUGUAUAUUGGUAUGUGCUUUUGAUCCGUCGUAAGCUGUUUAGGAUGAUGCAGCAUCAUGCGAUUCGUAGAGGGCCAUUAGGUAAGAUACUGUAGUCCUCACUACUGUAAAAUAGAUAGACAGCUUUAUUUAUUCAGAGUAGUCCUAUCGACGACGAAAACAUGUCACCGUUAUCAACAGGAGCUGUGAUUUUAAGAUUUACAAAAUUGCUACAUUAGAUUACAUUACAAGUUACAACAAUACUUUAUAAUGGUCGUAGUUAAAUUAAAUUAAGGUAAUUACUAGAGGUUGUAACCUUAGGCUGAUAAAGCAGAUCACUGCUUCUGGUGAAACGCAGAGAUACACUUUUAGUAAAACUGAUAAAUAAUUAUUAAAAUAAUUGUGGACAAUUACCAUCAAUACAUUUUCCAACUAGAUUACAAAUAUGAUGUUCCCGCCUACUUUCAAUAAAGGAAAGGGUAGCAAAUUCAGUGGAAUGACCUUUUCUGCAGAAGCCAUAUCAGUAUGUACCUAAAAGUGUGAGAUAUUCAACUAAUUGAAUAUAUAAACAACUCGUGAGCAGCUUAGAUACCGUAAGCAAUAUGGAAAUGGUUCGAUUGUUGUCCAUAUCGUCUUUUUUACUUUCUUAAACAGUAUAAUAACACGAGCUGAUUUGCAUUCUGUGGGCACCAUGGCUUGGAUUAAGGAUGCAUUGAUAAUAUUCGUUAACGGUUGGGCAACAGCAUCUUGAAGUAGCCGUGGACGAACGUUGUCUAAUCUGCCUUACUGGAUUUAAAGAGUCAUUGCCAACCACAAUGCAUUGUGCGCCCAAACCUGCUUGGCGGCCAUUUUAAUGGCGGAAUAAUAUAUGUUUCGGUUUUCAAUCCAUAAUAUAGUACUACCAUCCUGUGGUUAUACUUGCUCAUUUUAACUUUUUUAUUCUAAAAUUGCACCAAAGAAAUGUUUAUAAUCGUCAUUUGUUGCUAUUUGUCACUUCCGAAGGUAAGAUGUAAACAGAUGCAUUGUGAUUGACAAUGAUUCUUUAAGACAACGAAGCUGGUAACGAAUAGGAACGAAAUCUAUGUUGCGUCCAAUAAUAUAGCCGUAAAUGAGACAGACAAAGUUUCUUUGAAAGAGCUCAGAUGUCGAUGAGCAGUGUCGGCAAAAAAUUUUUGAAUGCAUUUGCAAUUGUGUUCAUAUCAGAUGAAAUAUUCUCCUCAAUCCAAAUCCUAGAAGGCAUUUCUUUACCUUCUCUGGGUAAGAUUUUCUUAACAGUUUGCCAGAAUAAAUGUGGGUAGCCACUAUUUUGCUCAAUAAGACAUUUGUCGUAGCUGUCUUUGUCAACUUUUACUUUAUUAGUCACACGAUUUCUAAAAUAUCGGUGCUUUGCCCAGUCUUCCAAUUUGUUUCUUUUCCUUGUUUUCGUUAAGGUGGCUCAAUACAGUUUUAAAAAAAAUGAAAAAUUCACGAUUUAGAUGCGUAUUUUGGGACAAUAUUAUAUUACUUGUUCACAAACAAAAAGAACCUUACUUAUAUGAAACAACAUCUAAAGAGUUUCAAUUUUUGCACAAAAGUCACGCAACUGCCGUUGUUAUGGCAACAAUGACGUUCUAAGAUGGCGGAUAUUUUCGUAUUAAAGUAAUUUAACUCGUAAGCGACAUCGUGACCCACAAAUUUUAUUUUAAAAAAUGAUUUCUGUUAUAAAUUAUUUUGACAAUUUAGAAAAAAUUCUGUGGAGUCAAAAAAAAUAUUAUGAAUAAUUCAUUUUACGUAAUUUUAAAAAUUUCGGUUGCACAGAAUUUUUUUUAAAAUUGCUAAAGUAAUUCAAUGUACUAAGACAAACCAUUUUAUAAAAUAAAAUUUAGGGAUCACCGAUGUCGUUUUCGAGUUAAAUUACUUGAAGCCAAAAUAUCCGCUAUAUUUAAACGUCAUUGUUGCCAUAGCAACGGCAGUUGCGUAUCUUUUGUGCAAAAAUUCAAACUCUUUAGAUGUUGGUUUACAUAAGUAAGAUGCUUUUUGUUUUUGAAUAACUAAUACGUGUCCAAAAAUACGCACCUAAAUCACAAUUUUUCCAUUAAAAAAAAAUGAAUUGAGCCACCUUAACAUAUAGCUGUUGCGCUGACGAAUGUCAUGUUUAAUAUCUUUAUUAAGCCAUGGACAAUUGUCAAAUUCCCUCGCACGUUUUGUUUUAUUGGUGCAUACCGAUUAGCGACAGAGACAAGUGCAGAUUUAAAAGUUUACCAUAGGUCGUUUACAAAUUUCCCCACUGGGAAUUUGCUCAGUAUCUCUCAGUACGUCAAAAAGCUUUAUGAUCGUAAUUAGCUUUAUGAUCGUAAAAUCUUAAUUAAUGAUAAUUAAUCUAUAAAUACCUUCUCAAAAUAAUGUUAUUAUUAUUGCUAUCGCAUGCUAUUAUAAUUAGCGAACGCUGACAAGCAUUUCGAACAUGAUUAUGGACUCGAAUUUUGUAAAUAGGCGAGAAUUUGAUUAGAAAUAUUUAACAAUUUAUUAUUGAAUGUGGUUGUGCAUGAUAUGAAGAAUUAUAAUGUAUAAAUCGAAGCUGAAGGCUGAGGUUGAUAACUCAAACUGAGGGCUUAAUCAUUUUUCAUAUAUUGAAAAAAACUGAAUUCAAUAAUUAUUUUGUUAAUAUAUAUAUAUAAAUAUAAAAGACAAAUCGCAUCUGUGGGUUCAAUUUGUCGAAAUAUUAUUUUGGUCAUAUUUGGUUAGCUAUAUUGAGUUGAUUUGACAAUAUCACAGUUGGCUAUUAGCCAAUCGGAAACCAUGAUUUUUUAAAAAUAUAAAUAAUAGUAAAUAAGAUAUUAAGGGAUCAAAGAAGAAGGCACUUUUCAGUGAGAUGUUUAACUUAAUACCAAAGUGUAGCUGUUGGACAAUAGAUAACUUGCAUGUUAGACUAAUUUUUGAUUUAGGCCAAAAAAGUAAAUUCCCGCAAAGACUUAUUAAAAUCAGUAAAACUGCCAAAUUUGGUUGCGAAAUGUUGUAAAAUGUAAAAACUAUGGCCUUGCGAAGUUUGCACAUUUUCAGUAUAUUUGUAUUACGUGCGGAAAUUGUUACCAUUUUUGAGCCUAUAUUUUCUGCAUUUUCCAACAUUUCGCAACCAAAUUUUGCAAUUUUACUAAUUUCAUUAUUUUCUUUUUAACUGUUGUGUUUUAUUCCCUUCUCUUCACUUAGAUUAAAAUUUAGUCUAACAUGCAAGUUGUCCAUUAUAUAUCAGUGUUUCUUCAUGUAUAAUACCUCGUCUUCCAGAGGCUUAAUUAGAGAUAUCUUUCGGUGUGAAGAUAUUCCGCUGUGUUCGCCAAACACCAAAACGAUAGCGUUUGAAGGGUUCAUGACUGUCAAGAAACGUUCUCUGGGAUGAUGAUUGAAAAUCCCAGGUAUAAGGCGAUUGUAAAUCCCAGGUAUAAGCGAGCGAUUGAAAAUCCCAUGCUGCAUGGUUUUCGUUAUUGUCUUAAGAGCGAUAUUUUUAACAGCGUUAUGAAAAAUUAACGCUACCCUACAGUAUAUACUUUUCAGCCUAUCCGGUGAGGACACACUCAGAGUAUAAGAUCAGAAACAGCUCUAAUAUAUGUUAUAAUACAUGUUACAGGAUAACGCAACUGCUACCAUAAAGGAACCAGUCCCUCAGCAAUUUGUUCGUUUGCUGAUAGGAAAACAUGGCAGUGAUAAUUUCCGAGGGAUAGAGAAAGAAUGUAGCGUGAAAAUUACCUGGCCAAAAUUCAGUGGAAGAGAAAAACAUGUGAUUUUUGACGUUAAAGGUUUGAGAUCUAAUUGUGAGCGAGCAAGAGAGAUGCUAAGAGCAAAUCUGGUAAAUAUAUUCAUGUAGUAAAUUAUACGUAGCAUGCAUGCAGAGUUGAAAUACUACACAUGUAUCAUGAAAAUGCAUGAAAAACUGAGUCAUGGAAAAUGACGAGCUAUGAAACUAUACGAAUAAUUGUUGAGAGUCAAUGACGCGCAUGCUUGGUUUCUUCGUUGAGAUCAAUUUGAUUAUAAGCCUAUAUGAUUUGUUUCAUUAGUUGUUGUUUAUCGUUAGCCUGGGACUAAAGCGUUGUAGCCGCCGUUCUUCCAAAGUUUCUUAGUUAAUAAAAAAUAAAAAAAUUGAGUGCAAUAAUUAUUUUUGUAAGAGAAAUCAACGUGGCAGCAAAUCUUGCACGGCAACGUAAAUACAAAUUUUCAACGAGUUUCUGUGCACUUCAUGUCGAGAAAUGUUGACUCUGAGAAUAACUGCUAAAUGCAUUUUUAGAUAAUGCAUGGCGAUCAAAUACUGUUUAUUGCCUGCGAUCAUUGGCAGAUUUUUUGUGAAAACGCGGGGCUGCAAUGCAAAAACAUCCCCGAGUAUUUUGACUCAAAAAUGUGAAACCAGGUGAAAUAAAUAAAGCAACCAGAAAAUUUUACCAUGUUGAUUUAACCGAAAUGGUGCUAUUUUGAUUUUGAUGUUGCCACGCCGAUUUAUAAAGGAAUGGAAGAUCAGGAGACAAUGUGGGCGCUGUCGUUGUUUUCUAUACUAUUUGGAUCCGGGUUGUUUUUUUUAGAAAAAGUGGGAAGAUAAUGAAGUUAAAUCUGUUUCAUCAGAGGCAUCUGGAUCUCAAACACAUUCAAAGGUAAUACUAUAAUCAUGCAUGCAUGAAAAACACAGAACCAUUGCCAUUUACUGAUGAAAUAUGUGUACUUAAUUUCCAUCUCCUCAAAAUCCGUCGUCGUCGCGCAUACAUGCUAUUAAUAUAUAACCCUGGUUUGGAGAUGCGGAAAAGAGGAGCGGUUAUUUCAUCGAUGUACUAAAAACGAAUUACUUGCAUGGUAUAAAUGAAAGUAAUUCUGCUCGCCAACUUCCGGUAACAUUCACACCAUGAAUUAAACACGCGACUCUUUUAAUUAUUUUGAUAUUUUUUUUACAGUAUAUAGAGUUAUAUAAUGAUCAUGAAUAGUUAUAACUUAUGUAACCUUAGGAAGGAUGAAACAAAGCUAAUAUUACAUUAAGUAUAGUUCGACAGCAAAAACUUGCGAACCUGCACCUUAUUCUCACACUUUGCGAUUAACAACAUCGCGUAAUAUAAUUUACUGUUAUACAGUUGAAGCCAUAUUUCAAUGUGAUAUGUAAAUAUAGAGUUGAUGACCAUGCUAACCAUGAUUGUAUUUGUGUGUAUUUGGAUGGCUGAAAAUAGUUUUUAUGUAUUUUAUACUUCUUAUUAAAUAUUAUACUUCUUAUUAUUUAUAUUUAUAUUCUUAUUUGACUGCAUAUAGUUUUAAUUUGUAAAUUUCCUCUUUCAGCGAAUUAUUAUCAUUUAUAGACCCGGAGCGAGGGGGAUUCGGCGGGAUGUUACCCGAAGUGAUGAUAUUUUCCGAGGGGCUUUGCCCGGACGAAAAUAUCAUCACUGAGGGUAAUAUUUCCACGAAUCCCCCGAGCGGAGGGUCUAUAAAUGAUAUAUUAUACCGAAGGUUAAAGAACCCGCCAAGUUCAGAAUAAACUUUAAAACUUGAAGCGAAUACAAUUUUUAAUUUCUUAUGCAUACCUGAGUUUUUGACGUUUUUUCUUUAAAAUGUUUGAGCAUGCAUCCUUUGGAUCGUUGAAGGUAACAUACGUCUUGAAAAUCUUUGGUUAACUUAAAUCAAUAAAUCUUCUGUACGAAAUUACAAACAACAGCUCGCGAACGCCAUAUUGUUUCAGAGCGUGGUGUCCACGCGUCACGCGUGAGAUACUAUAAUAUCCCACGGUGGAUCUACCGUGCGAUAUUAUAGUAUCUCACGCUGCAUUGCGAAAUCAUGAGUUUGAGUGAAAUACCGUAAAAAAUCACAUUAUCACGUGGUACAAAUGAUGUUUUUUCAUUGGACAAUUUGAAUGUGAGGUAUUAUAUUAUAAAAAAUGCUAAAUAGUUUGUUUCUUUUUGCAACGAAGGUGAUUGGUGAUGUAAAAAAUAUCGAAGUACCAAAAGAAUAUAUACAUAUUGUUGUGGGCAAAGGACGUAACAAUUUAGAAAAAAUUGAAACGAAAACAGGAACCAAAAUCAUAGUGCCCCCUCGCCAAGAUGUCGAAGGUAGGUUACAAUACGAAAAUAAACGUUUUGUUUCCAUGUUACUCGAUCUGAAAUCAGUGUGACCAGAUUUGGUAAUUUUAAUUACUUUUGGUGAUAUUUCGUGAUGUUUCUAACUUUUUUGGUAAUUGAAAAUGUUUGGUAAUUUUUUUAGUAAUUUCUCUUACUUAAGUUAGAAAUAUUUCUGUUAUCGCAUGAUAUUCAACCAAAUACGCCAUAAUGACACAAUCUGUUAUUCAAAAUUUCAAUGAGAACAGUUGCAGGUCCAUGUCUGCAAAGCUGUAUAUCCAAAUUACAAGCUGCUGGCCCAAGCUGUCCAGCUGAAUCGACGGAAUCCUGCUGAUCACCAUUCACCCAGACCCGAUCAUGGCUGCGCGCGGCGCUAUAUUUGCAUUCUGCACAAUUGCAAUCAAAAUACAAGUGAGAAAGAAAAACAUGGAAAAAACAUAGUUACAGUGAUGGAAAGCGUUUCACUGAUUUUGUUUUGCUGAGAUGUUUUAUUGAUUGACUGCAGAAAUUUAGUAAUUUUUUCUACGUUUUGGUAUUUUUUUGCACGCUUAUUUAGUAAUUGCCUUGCAAAAUAUCUGGUCACGCUGUGACUGAAAUGCUAUUGAUUGUUUGCAGGAAAGUCUCCGAAGCUUUCUUUCUGUUGGCAUAAAACCUCAGCUUUCAAUAUUUUUUUUCAAAUUGUAAGACGUGUUUUUGCUCGCUAUUUGACAUAAACUUUAUAUUUAUUAGUUACCGGAUUGGGUUGCUGUGGCACCUGAGCCCGCGUUAGUCAUUGGUCAUUUUAGUGUCGGCCAUUUUGUACAUUGUAAAACGUAUUAAGUUUAUAGCUGGCUUUAAGUAGGAUAAAGCCAUGCAAUUAGUAUGGCUUCUAUUAUUACUUUAUGAUUACGACAAUUUAUCCUACUUAAAAUAAACCCAAAAUAGAAUCGCGAAAAUCAGUUUGGACAACGAAAACAUGGAUACGCUACUCAAACCAGCACGACUCGACUUAGAUCCAAAUUCGCCCACAGCAACGAAAUAAUGGAGGCAUUGGCACCGUACCUUUACUUUUUUUAUUGAUGAAUGUGGCGAAAAGGCUCCUGAUGAAUAUAGAACUCUUGUAAAUUAUGUGUCUCAUAACGUUUAUGAAUAUAUCGAAGACUGCAAGGACUAUAAAUCGGCCAUUCGCGUACUAGAACAACUAUUUGUCAAGACACCAAAUGAAAUAUUUGCUAGACAUUUGCUGGCAACAAGACGGCAGAAAUCCGGCGAGACUCUUACUGAAUUUCUCCAAGAACUUCGAAAACUUAGCAAAGAUUGUAACCUUAAAAACGUAACUGCUGAACAGUAUCGUGAGAAAUUGGUUCGUGAUUCCUUUAUUAAUGGCCUCUUAUCACCUUUGAUUCGCCAACGACUCCUAGAAAAUAAACAGCUCGACCUUCAAACUGCUUUUGACCAAGCAAAUGCCUUGGACUUGGCUCAAAAGAAUUCUGAAGCAUAUAGGAUGCCUGAAAUACCUACAACUGCAGCAGUCUCCUCCCCUCCGACAGAUGAGGUUGCUGGAGCUCAUGCCUUAGAUUAUGAUUCUCUAGCAGCUACAUUCACAUCGAAGAAAUGCUACUUUUGUGGUGAUAAUCUCCACAACAGAAGAAGUUGUCCAGCCCGGAAUUCAUUGUAA